AAUCAAGGAUGGCGGGAAAUCGACAAACAUAAAUGCAUACCGCGGUAAGGUUGGGUUCUGUAAUGCAUACCUCACGUAGGUGUUGUCAUUAAUAUUAAAACGAGAAGUAUAGAGGUUAUACUCUCCUGAUUUUCGUCUGAUGAUCAGCCAAAGUCAUUUUACCAGUGGUAAAGGAUUCAGAAGGGAGUCAUCUUUAGCUGAGGUUUUAACAUGUUUAAGACCAACGAGCUCCCACCGAGUGCACUUCAUUCCGUAAAAAGUUGGACGGCUAACUUUGAGAUGUUGCUGUUGGCUAUAAUCCCCGUGGAAUGAUGACGCUAUUGGACGGUCAACGUGGGUUCCGACGCGAAUCUUCUUUAGAAAGCAAUGACCCCGCGGAACUGGAAGCACUUACAAGCACUGAUAUGACGUCGAGCAUUAGUCAACAUGAAACGAUCUCCAAAGACGACUACGAUGGCGAUGUCGAAGAUGACACGGACACCGAGUCGUAUAUCCAACCGACGAUUGCAAAUCGAAUCUCUCUCGCGCGAACGUACGCGCUUUGUAUCACAUUGGGAUUCCUGGGAGCGCAUUACUACUAUCUGGGCAUGCGCACACAAGGUCUCCUCUACACUGCUACUCUGGGCUUCUUCGGGAUUGGUUGGUUGAUAGACUGGUUCCGGUUACCAUCUAUUGUUGAGUCCGUUCGAAGGAUACGACGCGAGGAGGCUGAGAAUGGAUACGCACUCUAUGCCGUGCCGUAUGGUGCAUUGGAAGAAAGAUCUCUGGUGAAUGCAUACCUUUAUGCUAUCCCACCUUGGGGACUCUUUGGAAUGCACCACAUGUACCUCGGAACUUUUCGGAAAAACGACGCAUUUAGCCUGAUAUACACAGCUACACUCGGCUUCAUUGGGUUCGGCUGGCUCUUCGACCUUUUCCGUAUCCCGAUACUUGUCCGAAGAGCGAACGAAGACAUCCGAGACCUCCGUUCGGGAAAACCCGUUUCCUCGAGUCCUGCGUGCACACUCCACCUUGACACUGCUUAUUCUUUAGUCUUUCCUCUGGGCUUUUUUGGACUUCACCACUUCUACAUGAGACGGUAUUUCUAUGGAUUUGUUUAUCUUUUCACCUUUGGAAUGGCUGGUGUCGGAGUCUUGGUUGAUAUUUUACGAUUGCCGGUUAUCUUUAAGCGAACAAAAACAGAACUGAAAGACUUUAGAUUUUCUCUAUAUCACUUGGACGAUACAUAUUUCCUGUGGUUUACUCCUUUAGGCCCGUUUGGGCUUCAUCACUUCUAUUUACGCAAUUGGAAGAUGGGCGUGGUCUAUUUAUUCACAUGUGGGUUCCUUGGCGUUGGUUGGCUAAUUGACGCGUUCAGGAUGCGCUCGUUGGUUGAAGAAAGCAAUAGUCAAUUAGACACAGAUCUACUCUGGGAUCAUCAUUUUGUUAAAGAAACAAAGAGUAAAGGAAAUAUGAACAUCUUUAUUGAUAGUAAACUAUUCAAUUAUCCAAUCACCGAUGAGGAUUCAAACAUUCAGGUUUACGCCUUCCCUUUGCGGCCAAGCGGGAAGCCAUCCUGGUUGCUAGGAUGGGCGUGGUCACCUACACCAUCAGACCCACCGUUGGCCAAUCAGAAUGUGUUUACCACAUCGGAAGAGGAACCGAGCCAAACUGAAACAAGAAACAAAACCCCAUUGGUCGGGGAAACUUUAGGAGCCGUGGGUUGGACAAUAGAUGCACACGAAAAUUAUGAAGUUACCAUUGCUUAA